AUGUUGGGGAAUUCAGCUGCGGCGCGUGGGGUUAGGUAUGAGAGAGAGCAUAUGUGUAAUGCUCCGGCGAAUUCUAGUAUAGGGUGGAGAGAUCCUGGGUGGAUUUUUCAUAGUGUUAUGAAGAAUUUGAAUGGUGGCGUUCGGUACUAUUAUCAGGUUGGGAGUGAUUCAAAGGGAUGGAGUGAGAUCCAUAGCUUUAUCGCUCGUGAUGUCUACGCAGAAGAAACCAUUGCUUUCAUGUUUGGAGACAUGGGUUGCGCUACACCUUACACUACCUUUAUCCGUACACAAGACGAGAGUAUAUCCACAGUGAAGUGGAUUCUCCGUGACAUUGAAGCUCUUGGUGACAAGCCAGCUCUUGUUUCACACAUUGGUGAUAUAAGCUAUGCUCGUGGUUACUCCUGGGUGUGGGAUGAGUUCUUUGCUCAGAUCGAGCCUAUUGCCUCGAGAGUUCCUUACCAUGUCUGUAUCGGUAACCAUGAGUAUGAUUUCCCUACUCAGCCUUGGAAACCGGAUUGGGGAACUUAUGGUAAUGAUGGUGGUGGUGAGUGUGGUGUGCCGUAUAGUCUUAAGUUUAACAUGCCUGGAAACUCAUCAGAACCCACCGGAACCAAAGCUCCUCCAACAAGGAAUCUAUAUUACUCUUAUGAUAUGGGGUCUGUUCAUUUCCUUUACAUCUCCACUGAGACGAACUUUCUCAAAGGAGGGAGUCAAUACGAGUUCAUAAAGCGAGAUCUUGAGUCUGUAAACAGGGAGAAAACACCGUUUAUUGUAGUGCAAGGACACAGACCGAUGUAUACUACCAGCAACGAGGUUAGAGACGCUAUGAUUAGGCAAAAGAUGGUUGAGCAUUUGGAACCUCUGUUUGUGGAAAACAAUGUGACGCUUGCUCUAUGGGGACAUGUUCAUAGAUACGAGAGGUUUUGUCCUAUAAGCAACAACACUUGUGGUAAACAGUGGCGAGGAAGCCCGGUUCAUCUUGUGAUUGGUAUGGGUGGUCAAGAUUGGCAACCGAUUUGGCAGCCGAGACCGAACCAUCCGGGUCUUCCUAUAUUCCCUCAGCCUGAACAGUCAAUGUACCGUAGAGGUGAGUUUGGGUACACUCGUUUAGUUGCGAAUAAAGAAAAGCUUACUGUUUCGUUUGUGGGUAACCAUGAUGGAGAAGUUCAUGAUACGGUUGAGAUGUUAGCAUCUGGGGAAGUAAUCAGUGGGAGCAGAGAGGAUACUGUUAAGACCGUUCCUGCAUCUGCAGCUGCAGCACUUGUGGGAAAAUCUGAAUCUAAUGUCUUAUGGUAUGUUAAAGGAGCAGGCUUGAUGGUUAUUGGUGUUCUUUUAGGGUUCGUUAUGGGCUUUUUUACAAGGGGAAAGAAAGGAUCUUCAUCUGAUAACCGUUGGAUACCAGUGAAGAAUGAGGAGACAUAAUCUUAAAGAAGUUGAAUCUAUUUUAGGGCAUGAUUUGUAUAGUAUAUAUCUUAGUUCCCACGGUAAGAACCAUGUUGUGUACACUGUAAUAAGAUUUGAUUCUUGCAAGUAUGAAGAGUUUGUCUGAAAAUCACUUUACCAUGUUUGGUGUAAAUACAUACUGUAUGUAAUAAUAUUUUACAUUGGUUUAUCA